CCCCAUCGCAAGGUGUUGCACAAAGCUCUGCCGCUGCCUGGUCCUGCCUUUCCCUGCCGCGCGCUGCGGACCGUGUGCGGCCCCGCCCCCGCGGCCCUCAGCGCCGCCUCGCCCCGCUGGCCUUUUCCCCCUAGGAGCCGUGCGCGAGGACUGCUGAGGCCGCAGAGCCUCUCCGUCUCCCGUGCUUUGAAAGCACAGGAUUUAAAUUUCUUCUCCGCCUUCAAGUCUUCCUUUUCACAGUUCUUUCAGUGAGUGAAUGAAUAAACAGAUUGUAUCAUGAGUGGUUGAAUGAACAAUGCUUGUGAGUCUUUGACACCAUGAUGUACAUACGGCAAAGAAAAGAGGUAAAAACCACUGAGGUUGUCGAUGACUUACCUGCACAAGAAGAAAAUGGGAAGUUAGAAAAUAAAUUACCAUCUGGUUGUACCAAUGGAAGAUUUUGGAAGAUUCUAUCAUUCACAGUUGGUGGAACCACUGCCCUUGGUAUUGGACUUCUUACGUCUGUCUACCUUGCGACCUUACAUGAAAAUGACUUAUGGUUUUCUAACAUUAAGGAAGUGGAGCGAGAAAUCUCAUUCAGAACAGAAUGUGGAUUGUAUUACUCCUACUACAAGCAGAUGCUGCAGGCUCCAACCGUCAUGCAAGGUUUUUAUGGCUUAAUAUAUGAUAAUAAGACAGAAUCUAUGAAGACAAUUAAUCUCCUGCAACGAAUGAAUAUUUAUCAAGAGGUUUUCCUCAGUAUUUUAUAUAGAGCUCUACCCAUACAGAAAUAUUUAGAGCCAGUUUAUUUUUAUAUUUACACCUUAUUUGGACUCCAAGCAGUCUAUGUCACGGCUCUUUAUAUAACCAGCUGGCUCCUUAGUGGUACCUGGCUAUCAGGACUAUUAGCAGCUUUCUGGUAUAUCACAAAUAGAAUAGAUACCACAAGAGUUGAAUUUACCAUCCCUCUGAGGGAGAACUGGGCACUGCCAUUCUUUGCGAUCCAGAUAGCAGCAAUUACGUACUUCCUGAGACCAAACUUACAGUCUCUUUCUGAAAGGCUGACACUUCUUGCCAUUUUCAUAUCAACUUUUCUCUUUAGUCUGACAUGGCAAUUUAAUCAAUUUAUGAUGCUGAUGCAAGCAUUAGUGCUGUUCAUACUGGACUCCUUGGACAUGCUGCCUGCUGUGAAGGCAACAUGGCUGUAUGGUAUACAGAUCUCAGGCUUGCUCCUGGUCUGCAUUCUUCAGUUUUUCAAUUCCAUGAUUCUUGGAUCAUUGAUUAUCAGCUUCAACCUUUCAGUAAUAAUUGUAAGAAAACUUCAGAAAAACCUGAAAACUGGAAACUUCCUUAACAGGAUCAGGAAACUUUUGUUACAUUUAUUUAUAGUUUUCUGUUUAACACUUUUUCUCAACAAUAUUAUUAAGAAAAUUCUUAACCUGAAGUCAGACGAACACAUAUUUAAAUUCCUAAAGGCAAAAUUUGGGUUUGGAGCAACAAGGGAUUUUGAUGCAAAUCUAUAUCUGUGUGAAGAAGCUUUUGGCCUCCUGCCUUUUAAUACUUUUGCACGGCUUUCAGAUACUCUGCUCUUUUAUGCUUACAUAUUUGUGCUGUCCAUCACAGUGAUCGCAGCAUUGGUCGUUGCCUUUCAUAAUCUCAGUGACUCUACAAUUCAACAAUCCAUGGGUAAAAUGGGAAAAUGCACAGUUGAUCUGAAACCAGAAACUGCUUACAACUUAAUACACACCAUUCUGUUUGGAUUCUUGGCACUGAGUACAAUGAGGAUGAAGUACCUCUGGACAUCACACAUGUGUGUGUUUGCAUCAUUUGGUCUGUGCAGCCGUGAAAUAUGGGAGUUACUUCUGAAGUUGGUCCAUCUUUAUAACCCAAAGAGGAUAUGUAUAAUGCGAUAUUCAGUUCCAAUAUUAAUACUGCUGUAUCUGUGCUAUAAGUUCUGGCCAGGAAUGAUGGAUGAACUCUCCGAGUUGAGAGAAUUCUAUGACCCAGAUACAGUGGAGCUGAUGAACUGGAUUAACUCUAACACCCCAAGAAAGGCAGUGUUUGCUGGAAGCAUGCAGUUACUGGCUGGAGUCAAGCUGUGCACAGGAAGGACCUUAACCAACCACCCGCACUACGAAGACAGCAGCCUGAGGGAGCGAACCAAAGCGAUUUAUCAGAUAUAUGCAAAGAGGUCCCCAGAGGAAGUGCAUGCCCUCCUGAAGUCCUUUGGCACUGACUACGUGAUCCUGGAAGACAGCAUCUGCUACGAGCGUAGGCACCGCCGGGGCUGCCGGCUUCGGGACCUGCUGGACAUCGCCAAUGGACAUGUGAGCAUGUCGCAUUACGCAACAGGACUCUGCAAGAGAGAAUGGGAUUUCAAUGAUGGAUGGCCCAGGAGAGAAUGACCCUGACUUGAAGCCUGCAGACCACCCUCGAUUCUGUGAAGAGAUCAAAAGAAACCUCCCUCCCUACAUGGCACACUUUACCAGGGUGUUUCAGAACAAGACCUUUCACGUCUACAAGCUGUCCAGGAACAAGUAGUGGAUGUUCUGGCCCUUCUCCGUUUUGGACACUGUGAAACUACAUCGUAAGGGGAGUCGGUAGCUGAUGGUUCCAGGGUGAAUGGGUCAGUGGUACCCAAAAGCUGUGACAUGCAGACAUCCUGCACCUGUUAACACAAGUGUCACCGUCUUCAACAGCUGAAGUCUUUUUUUGUCUUGAUCUUUCACAUAUUGUAAUAUUCAUUAGACGAAAUGUUCACAACUGCCUAAGACUCAUCUGGAAUUUGGCUCUUGGGUAGAAGGGUGUGUGCUCCAGGUAGCCUGGACAGCACCAUGCCAUGCUGAGACAGCCAGCCUGAUCAGAAUCAGAAAUACUUUUCAUUUUUACAGGACACCGCUGACUGAAUGGAAAGGAAAGGAUGCAUAAUUAAAUUAUUUAAUAUUAUUUCACUAGGGAAGAUCAGUUGGUGGCUUUUUAAAAAGCUGUUUGUUGUCCUUUUUCAUCUUUACAAUUUUAUAAUGUUUUCUAAUUUUUCUGAUUUUAACAUGAACAACAACAAAAAAAUCAAGUUAAGUCUUUUAUGUAUCUUACACAUCACGUUGUACCCUAAAAUGUCAUAUAUUCAGUAAUCUAUGUCACACAUGGACAGUGUUUUAAUACUGGGCAAGGAAGAAGUGUCACAAGUUCUAUGUGGUUCAGUCCUCAGAAGUCUAUUUAGGAGAGUAGAAUUUCUUAACUUUUUAGUCUUAUUUAAAACAAAAGGAAAAACAAACAAACAAAAAAAAACUAUUGAUACUCUAAUCUCUCCGGCAAGUAAAAUAGUUUGCUUCAUUUCUUACUCAUUUCAAUUUACUGGGUUUGCAAAAUUUUGUAAACUUUUUGUGUUUUUAGCCUUUGUAUUUUUUACAGCCUAGAACCUUGCAAAUUCUGAAAAUUUUUUAAACAUUGUGUCUUGACUAGUUGACUAACGCAGUAUUUUUGGCAGACAGCCUUCGCCUACCAAGUUUGACUCGUGGUCUCCAAUCUUAUGCUGAGGGCCCUGGUAACGUUAUUCUUUUCCUCGCUAAAGGGUAACCAAGUGCCUCCAAGUUAUGUUAUUUGUAAGAAUGAAGAAGAUUAUACAAACCUGCUCAAAAUUUUUGAUAAUUGCUUUUAUAAUUCAUUUCUAAUGAUUAGACAUGUAAAAGUUGCUGAUAAAAGCAUAUCGUCUAUUUAAUUAGAUCAAGCUGGCUAAUGAAAUUAACUUUCUCCCCUGUUCUUGGCAGCUGGAAAUGAUUUACAUGUUUCUCCUUGCAGUUGCAGUGAAGUAAAUUGCCAUCGGCAUCAAGAUGGAUAGCAUCACACGUCCACAUGAUUUCGUAUUCAGCUACUACUUAUUAAGAGUGUUCAAAAACAUUUUUACACUGUCUUGUUGGACACAAGGGUACUUGGUUUUUAUCAAAACUUAUUUAAAUAAAAAAUUGGCAGUAGCUGGGUUAUUAAAUUAUGCAACUGAAACUCCUGAAUUAUAUCUUUCCUACAUUUGUUAAUAAGGUUGGAGACCACGGCAGUUUAGGGUAAUACAAUAAUAAAACAUUUUAAUCAGUACUGAAAGUUUAAUUAAGCCAGUAGUGAUGCAUGCCUGUUGUAGCUGACAGCAUGGGUCAGUACACCCCUUGGCGGUGCCUUACUCUAACUGAAACCAAGCACAUGUAAGGUACAGUAUGUUGACACUAUGUGAUUUUUUACAACCUCUGUUACUCUUUCAGGCCUAUUUAAGUUUAUUUUAAAUAUUCCUGUGUGUAUUUGUCUUAAGUAUUUGGAAUCACUAUACAAGGAAAACGUACUUAAGUUUGUAUGCUCAUCUCCACCACGUUGAUGGCAUCCACUGAGUUUUUUCAUAGUAACACUGUUGCCAAAACAUUUAGUGUUCAGUCUUUAGUGAAAAAUAUAAAGUGCCAAAAAAAAAAAUAUUGCAAGACAGAAUCCAUGUAUACACUCUUUCCAAGACACUGUGACCAUGCACAGUAGAAGUUUUUAUUUCCUGAUGAUCCAGUUUCCCAACAAAUCAUGUUAGCUAUUUUUAGAACCUGUCAGAUUUCUCAUUUAUGACCUUGUUGUUGACUCACACAGGAGGAAACAGGGAGAGCAUCUGGUCUGGCUGUAGCUUUAGCCUCUCUGCAAGCUGAAGCAAGAGCCCUGUGGCCUGAACUCCCCAGCACACAAGCCUUGGGGGCUGUUCCAUGUUUGGUGACAACCUCAAAUUAUGGCUCUCACUUUCUGGACAGAAACACCCUCUGACUUGGCUUCUGGCUUCACAGUCGAAAAGACCUCCUAAAUACAGUAGGAGUGCUUAUAAUUGGCUCCACUUGUGAUUCCCCAGAGCACUGAAGUCCCCAUCCCUCCUGUGGGCUGCUCCCCAGCCCGACACAGCAGACAAGAGGGUGUAUUCCUGGUGCCCUUGCACCCCACCUCCACUGGAUGCUGCUCUUGGGGCUCUCCCUGGGAAUUCGUAUUGUGAGUGCACAACUCAGUCAGCUGUGUAUAAACCUAGGAGACUUGGGUGUAAAAAGAAAGAAUUGUGUCUACAAAAAUUAAAUGGAAUGUUUUGGUAAGAUUUGAUGAAUGCUGAAUUGCUAAUAAAACUACUUUUUGAUCCAUCAGGUUUAAAGAAGGUUUUUAAAUAUUGGGGAAAACAUAAAAAUCAAGAAAAUUUGUCUAGGUAUUCAUUCUGCCUUUAAAAUGCCUAAACCAAUAAGAAGGUAUUAAAAUGUACCCAAAUUGCAUUGUUGGUGUGAUUUAUGCAAGGAGUAGAACCACAGUCACUGUAUUGUUACAAAGAGGAAAGUCGCUGACUUCACUGCAAAAUAUUAGGAAAUGUAGGACUAGAGAUACAGCUCAGUGGCAGAGCACGCGCCUCACAUGUGAGGGGUCCCAUGUGGAGGACCAGGAAAAAAAUACCCAUAUGUUACGCUUCCCUAUUUAUCCUACUUAAUAAUUAAAUGACCAACUACUAGUAAUAAUUAACAGUUUGCUAGUAGAAAUUCUACCCAAGUUGAAAGGUCCCUAUCACUUUUCUUGCAGGCCUUUAUAGAACAGCAGUUCAUUUCAGAUGUAUUAGUUAGGAGGUUCGGAGGUUAGUCCAUAAGGGGUGAUCUAGGUCAUUUGCUGUCUCUUAAAGAUGAUUUCCCUGACCUGUGUGAGUCCAGUUAGGUUUAGAGUGUGUGCGUGUUGGGUAGGUGCUGCUGGUGACAAGGACAUAUAUAGAUGUCUCAUCUGGUCUGCAUCUUUAUUUCACAAUUAACUAAAAUGAGUAUACUGACUCCAUAUUAAUUUUUACUAUGAUGUCAAAACUUUGAUUCAUCCUUGACCAAAAUUCACCCAAUAUUUCACAUAGAAAUAUUUAAUUUAAAAAAUUUAACUCAGCCCUUCACAUUAAUAGGAAGAUACCAAAAUUUUCUCAGCUCACGUAUCUUGGUUAACACGCUCCCAGAUAUUUUAUACAUGACAACCUUUUAGCCUAGGACAGAGUGAUUGUUCAUGGGAAAAAAGCUUUUAAGAUGAGAGUAGCUCACUUUCUUGUGGCUGUUGAGAUUCUGUUUUUAAAAUCCAAUGAGUAAAUCUUACAAAGAGCUUUUAUAAUUUGUUGUACUGAAUUGUAUGGAGAUUAUAUACUAAAUAAAGCUCUUUUAGAUUACACAAAA